AUGGCGCCCCCUUCCCUCUCCUCCUCCCACCUCCUCAUCACCGUGUCCCUCCCCAAGCCCCCGCGCCCGCGCCGCUGGAUGCGGCGGCCCCACAGCUGCAGCUGCAGGCUGCAGGCCGAGGCGCCGACGCCCGCGGUCAACCCCUUCGCCGACAUCCCCGACGGCGGCCAGUGGCGCUACAGCGAGUUCCUAGCGGCCGUCAAAAGGGCAAGGCCGAGCGCGUGCGCUUUUUAA